AUGAAGAAAUUGUUUGAUAGUUACAAUUCUCAAAAAAAUGUGGCCUUAGAGGAAAAAGGUAUCCAGGGUCUAACAAAUAUUAAUGAAAAUAAAGCUCAAGAAUCUUCUAAUUGGGAUACUGUUGGAAGUAAAAAUAAAAAUAAAAAGUUUGGCUGUCUAACUGACGUGGCAAAAACAUUAAAAGCAUGA